CUUGCCCACCUCAUAGCUGGCAAAUUUCUAGACAUCGAUUUGGGAACUGCCUGCUGUUGGCGGAGAGCGACGGCACACCCUUCUCUCUCUCUUCCCUUCUAUUAGCUGCUUCUCUCUUGUGUGAAAGGAAGUAGGGCCUGCAACCUCCCUCAUGUCAUCACAGUGAGCUGAACUCAGAUCGCUUCAGAUUGGGAUUUUACUGGGGGGUGGGGGGGGUGGGACACAAUCAAUCCUGAACACAGGCAGGCUUUGGUUGUUGGUUGCUGCUGAAGCGGAUCUGCAAAUGUGAGAAAAGGGCAGCAGAGUGUAUCUCAGGGAUAGAGAGCCUGCUUUGCAAGUCCCCGUACCCCACCCCCUUGCCCUCCAGCCCCAGAGGCGGUGAGGGAUGGAGACCAGUGUUAGGUCAAACCCCAGGAGAGCGGCGCUGCCUUCCUCCCAGGUGUUUGCUGCACGUGCUAGAACACUGGACAGACCAAGUAGCAGAAGUGUGACCAUGCGUGCAUCUCACUGAUACUUCUUGGAUUUCCUGUCGUGAUACAGGGUGAUGUGAGCAGAGCCCAGGAAUGCCUUAUGUGGAUCGGCAGAACCGAAUCUGUGGGUUUCUGGAUAUUGAAGACAAUGAGAACAGUGGCAAGUUCCUACGAAGAUACUUUAUCCUGGAUACCCAGGCCAACUGCCUCCUCUGGUACAUGGACAACCCCCAGAACCUGGCAGUUGGGGCAGGAGCUGUUGGAUCUCUGCAGCUGACUUACAUCUCCAAGGUGAGCAUAGCUACCCCAAAGCAGAAGCCUAAAACUCCAUUCUGCUUCGUUAUCAAUGCUCUGUCUCAGAGAUAUUUUCUUCAAGCCAAUGACCAGAAAGAUCUGAAGGACUGGGUAGAAGCCUUGAACCAAGCCAGCAAGAUCACUGUACCCAAGGCUGGGACGGUACCCGUGGCCACAGAAGUUCUCAAAAACCUGACAGCUCCUCCCACCCUAGAGAAGAAACCGCAGGUGGCCUACAAGACUGAGAUCAUCGGGGGAGUGGUGGUGCAGACACCCAUCAGCCAGAAUGGUGGGGAUGGGCCGGAAGGGAGCGAGCCAGGGACUCACGCCUUCCUGCGAAGGUCUCAGAGCUACGUCCCCACGUCAGGCUGCCGUCCCCCCAGCGGGCCUUCUCUUAUUAAGAGUGGCUACUGUGUGAAGCAAGGGAACGUGCGGAAGAGUUGGAAACGGCGCUUCUUUGCCCUCGAUGACUUUACCAUCUGCUACUUCAAGUGCGAGCAGGAUAGAGAGCCUCUGCGCACCAUACCACUCAAGGAUGUUCUCAAGACUCACGAGUGUCUGGUCAAGUCCGGUGAUCUCUUAAUGAGGGACAACCUGUUUGAAAUCAUAACCACUUCUAGGACGUUCUACGUACAGGCAGACAGCCCUGAAGACAUGCGCAGCUGGAUCGAGGGGAUCGGAGCAGCUGUCCAGGCCCUCAAGUGCCACCCCAGGGAACCAUCCUUUUCAAGAUCCAUUUCUUUGCCUCGACCUGGAAGUUCCGGCCUUACAAGUGGGCCUAACUCCAUCUUGUCAAGGAGGCGGCCACCAGCGGAAGAAAAGAGAGCUCUUUGUAAGGCCCCCUCCAUGGCCUCAUCCUGGCAACCUUGGACACCUGUCCCCCAGGCCAAGGAAAAGCUGUUGUCAGCCGAGAAUGCUCCAGAGGACUCUCUAUUUAUGCCCAACCCUGGGGAGAGCAAUGCUACAGGGGCAUUGGCAAGUUCGAGAGUCAGGCACAGGUCGGAGCCCCAGCACCCCAAGGAGAAACCAUUUUUAUUCAACCUUGAUGACGAAAGCAUACGAACCUCUGAUGUGUGAUGGGCAGUGCCGUCGAGUGCAGGAGAGCCGGCGGCUAUGAGUCAUUGUCUCUGCCUCGGUAGAGGACAGAGGCCAAUGACACUCGCAGAAGAGAAGCCCAUCUAGCUGUCGUUGUUUUUGCUAUUAUUUGACACAGUUUAUUUAAUCGGAGAAAGUCACUAGGUUAGACCGGCAGGCAUACUCCAUUAGUUCUUGAAUGCCCCCGGGUUUCCUAGUUGAGGGUUAGUUCUCAGGCUUCCUGCCUAGAGGAGGCUAGAGUCCAAUCUCACCAAUAAGCUUUCCCCUCUUGUGUUUCUUUCAUUUUCUUGGUUUCACUUCCAGGCUAUGUGCAGGAUCUCAGGCUAAGAACUGCUUUCCUCUACGCCUGUGUGUUGGCUGAAGUCUGGGGAUCAGGCAGAUGGUUAACAUCCAGACUGAAAGGCACUGGGUGGGACUCAGGUUACACGGUUCGGUUGGGAUCCGUCUGAGACUUGUCAUUAGAAUCUAGGGAGUGAAAAGUGAAUUUUGGGAGAUCUCCUCGGAGCAGUUCCUUCAGGAUCACCUCCCAGGGGACCGGAUAGGACCUCCUGUGAGUCAUGAGGGCUAAUUAAAAUGCUAUAGCCACUUGCAGUUAUUAAGAUGUCCUCUUGAUGCUCCAUGACCCCAAAUGCUAUAAAGCUGAGUGACAGAGCCACCAGUCUACUUUCUGCGUCAGGCGCUUAAAUGUUAUGAUUGCGGAGACCAGAAUAGACACUUCUCUUGACACUGAGGUGUGUGUGUGUGCGUGCGUGUGUGUGUGUGUGUGUGUGUGAGAGAGAGAGAAAGAGAGAGAGAGAGAGAGAGAGAGAGAGAGAUGGUUAAGUGUAGAGUGAUUUUGUAUGUGUGAGUGUGUAUGUAUGUGUGAUGUUUAAGUGUAGAGUGAUUGUGUGUGUAUAUGUAUGUAUGUAUGUAUGUAUGUAUGUAUGUAUGUGUGAUGGUUAAGUAUAGAGUGACUGUGUGUGUGUAUGUAUGUAUGUAUGUAUGUGUGAUGGUUAAGUGUAGAGUGAUUGUGUGUGUGUGUGAGAGAGAGCGAGAGAGAGAGAGAGAGAACACUCCUGCACUCAUAUUAAGACAAUCUCUAUCUCAGAGGCUUAGGUUCAGAUAAAGCAGCUACUGAGAAGGGAUGGAUGGCUGCUUAUGGCAGUAAGCACCUUCGAUCCGUGUUUUCCAGACAGGAGGACUCUUCUUUGACAGUGAAUCUCGAAUCCCUGUCUCACAGCUCUUUCAGGAUGGGUCGGCUUUUGUGUAAUGCUAAGUGCUUGCACACUGUGCGUCCUGCUGACCCACUUGCCCUUUGCUUCCUUGUGUUGCCUGGUAAAUGAAGCAACUCACACACCAGGUGGAACCCCAGCAUCCGAUAAGAGCCUCUGGAUUCACUAGCGAAGAGGCUCAAACAGGACUGCAUUUUUCAUGGGAUAGCUGGGAAUAAAGAAAUUGAAUCAGAGGAUGAAUUGCUGGCUAGAGAUUUCCACCCCAAACUUAGGGUGUGGCUUUUCCCACUGGGCAGGAUACUAUUUCCCGUGCCUUUGGGGGCAUUUGUCUAUCAGUCUUCAAUGAACCUGUGCUACCAGAAAGUUGUGGCCAUUCCCUACAGGGAGAUCACUCACUCCUAUCUGUGUAACAUUCCCCUGCUAGGUGUAUUCACUCUGUUGUGAAGUAGACACCUGUACUGCUAAGAAGAAACUAGGAGGCAUUUUUAUUUAAGCUAGUUAGCACUCCGUGCCCAUAGUGAAUGCAAAAGCAGGCACAAAGCUCUCCAGGGUGAGAGGAAUCAUGUUCUUUCUAAUGUGACUGUGACCUUGAACCUGGUGCCACACUGAAGACUCCUGGGCUCUGUGUAUGGGAGAUGUCCCCCACUUUAAGUCUGGACUUGUGACCCUGAUGUAAAAAAACAAAAACAAACAAAAAACAAAAAAACCCACUGGACUUCUUUCUCUGUUCAUGAUCUUUCCUGUCUCCCACCCCCUAAAAAAUCUUUUGUGUGUUUUGGUUUUCAGGGUUCGGGGAUUAUUUAUUUAUGAGUGAGUAAGGUUAUAACCUACUUCAAAAGUCAGUGCCCUUUGACUCUGGUUUCAGCUUAAAAAUCUUCCCCUAGAAAAUUCUUUGGCUGUUCAACAGAAUUGCUCAAUGUCAGAUGAGGAAGUAAGGAAAAUAAAUCAGGAACUCCUGAAGGGCCUCGAACUUGCCCUGGCUCACAGAAAUGAUGUCAUCGUUAGGCUUUUAAAUUGCAAAAUCUGUCCGUCCCUCUCCUAGAAACUGUUUGCUUGGUCAUUACUGCCCCAUCAACAGGUCGUUACAGAAAGCUGAUAGGUUUUAGUACAUAGUUUGAAAUCAUGUUACAUUAAACACAGUGCAGUUUAUAUUAUGUAGACAAAGGGAGGGUACAGAGUUGCAGUGACCCUAAGCAACCAAUCUGUGAGACUUCCAGGUUAGAAUACUGUUAAUAUCGGUGGCUGGAAUAUCUUUGUGAAGCCUCAAAACAUUGAAAUUCUCAGUCCUUAUUUCAGAAUUCCCCUUCUGUCCAUAUUUCCGGCCAGUUUUAUACAAUUCUUCCCCCUCCCCACCUUUUAAAUUUGCUUUUUUUUGCUAGAGUCUUGCUAUGUAGUCCAGGGUGGUUUUGAACUGGUAAUCCUCCUGCCUCAGCCUCCUGAGUACUUGGAUUACAGGCCUGUGCCACCGUAUCCAGCCUAUGACAGUAUUUUAACCUGAGCCAAAGAUGGUACACGAACCUUUAGUUUUCUGUGUAUCCGACAGGCCUCUGUCGGAGGGGAAAGUGUGGUGCCAUACGGGUUUGUGGUUAAGCCUAGAAUGUGGAUAAAUCCGAAGGGAUUUCUGGAUUAUAAAAGGUACUGCGUUUUCUUUGUGGAAUAAAAGCAGUCUCUGGGGGUUGGGGAUUUGGCUCAGUGGCAGAGCGCUUGCCUAGGAAGCGCAAGGCCCUGGGUUCGGUCCCCAGCUCCGAAAAAAAGAACCAAAAAAAAAAAAAAAAAAAAAAAAAAAAAGCAGUCUCUGGGGUUGGGUCCUUCCAUAACGUUUCAGAGGCAUUGCUCUCUGUAGCUGAAGUUUGCCCUAUUCCCUACUCUUAAAAGGUUUAGUGGGGGGUUGGGGAUUUAGCUCAGUGGUAGAGUGCUUGCCUAGCAAGCGCAAGGCCCUGGGUUCAGUCCCCAACUCUGAAAAAAAGAAAAGAAAAGAAAAGAAAAGAAAAGAAAAGAAAAGAAAAAGGUUUAGUGGAUUUGCUUACCUAGGGCCAGGUGAUAAGCGACAAAAAAUAUUGUGACUUUUUCAUUCUGUGAGCCAUGCUGAGGAUAUGGGAGACCUCAGACUGGAGAGGGACCUCCGGUCAAAGUGGCGGAGUGACAGUUCUACUUCCGAGUUGAAUGCUGGCCCCCCCAGGGGAAGAUUUAAUGUCCAUCAUCCUAGUUUACUGGAAGCAAACUGGUUUGGGUUUGGUCUCCCCUUUUCUACUCAAGCUCUCUUUGGGACUAAAAUGACUGUCUGAGUAGAAGCAUCAGACCAGUAAUUGAGCAGUGGACUUGAUGCUUGUUUUCAGUGUCAACCAAAUAAACAGCAUCUGGCAGCAAAUGGCAGUGUUUUUGAAAUUAAGCUUCCCAUGUUACCUGUUCAGAUUUUUUUCUCCCCUCUAAAAAUCUGUUUCCCUCAGUUCCCCCAUUCUCUCUGUGUGUUAUUGCCUGCCGGAGUCAAUUAUAGUCAUUUAUACCAGGUAGGCUUUGAAUCAAGUGAAUAUUUGGCAAAAACACACAGUGUGACAGCUGGGCCCUCUGUUUAUGAAGGCGUGGCAUUGGAGCCACCUGCAGGCACUGAGCUUAGUGCAUGGAAACUCCAGCUUCUUACGUCGUGUGCGCUCCUAAUUGGUAUGUAGCAAAACGUAAUUUUCUAAAACUGGUUGCUUGUUUUGUAAUAAAAAACAUGUGAAAUAGGAAA